AUGUUUUCUUUCUUUGUUUUCUUCCUCCUUCUUUUCUUUUCUUCUUCUUCCAUUCUUCCUUUUCUUCAGUACUUUAUACAUAUCUACUAUCUUUCUUUCUUUUUCAUCUCGCUACAUUCCUUUGUAUCUCUGAAUUUUUCUUUUUACUGUCUUUUUUUCUGCAUUUCUUUUUAUUUUAUACUAAUCAUUUCCUUCUUUAUUCAAUAUUUUUUCGUUUUUCUUUCCUCUGUUUUUUUUUUUUUAUUCGUUUUUUAUUUUACCCCUUUCUCAUUUCUUAAGAUUUUCUUUACCUACUUUCUUACCUUUCUUAAUUGUUGGGGCAGAAGGUAUGCCGUUAAACAAACAAAAACCUUUUUUAACGCUUUACUUACUUUCUAUCUUUCUUUCUUUCAUUCUUUUGGGCCCGUUCCUUUCUUUUCCUAUUUUCUUGCUUUCUUGUUAACACAAAUUUGUAUCUCUUCUUUGGAUGCUUCUUUCUUUUUUUUUCUUUUUUCUGUCUUUUUUUCGUUCUUCCUUCUCUUCUUUCUUUUUGGUUCGUUCGCUUCUUUCUUUCUCCCAUUUUCUUGUUUUCUUGUGAACUCAAAUUUGUAUCUUGUCUUUGUAUUAUUUCUUUCUUUCGUCUCUUUUCUUUUUUUCAAUUUAUUUUACUUCUUUCACUUUCUUAUAUCUUUUCCGUUUUUUGUCUUGCACUUUCUUCUCGUUUUAUUUCCUUUUUUUUCUCUCUCUCUCUCUCUCUCUUCUCUAUAUUUCACUCUCCAGAUUACUCUCUCCCUCCAUCUUUCUUUUUUUGUUGGUUAA